AUGGCCUCCGCAUCACCCUACCAGAACUCCUCGUUGAACCAUCUCCUCCCUCCCAACUGGAAGACAAAGAUCACAGAAUGGCUCCAGGAGGACAUCCCUUCCUUUGACUAUGGCGGCUAUGUCGUGGGAGAAAAGGAGACCACCGCCAUCCUCUACGGCAAGAGCGAGGGUAUUGUUGCGGGAAUUCCAUUCUUCACAGAGAUCUUUGAGCAGCUUGGAUGCCGAUCUAACACCCCACCUCUCCCCAACAUUACCAACAAACAACAACAUAGUGUCGAGUGGCACGUCAAGGAAGGCGAAGUGCUGAAGCCCAUCCAGACUUGCGCCCACGUCUACGGACCCGUCCGCCAAAUCCUCAUCGGAGAGCGCACUGCCCUCAACAUGAUGGCUCGCUGCAGUGGAAUCGCCUCCCAGGCCCACCGUCUCCGCAUCCUCAAGGAGAAGAAUGGCUUCAAGGGUGUCAUCGCCGGCACCCGCAAGACCACCCCAGGAUUCCGUUUGGUUGAAAAGUACGGAAUGUUGGUUGGUGGCGCCGAUACCCAUCGCAUGGAUCUUUCAUCCAUGAUCAUGCUCAAGGAUAACCACGUCUGGAGCACAGGAUCGAUUACGGCCGCUGUUCAAAAGGCCAAGGCUGUGGGCGGAUUCGCAUUAAAGAUUGAGGUCGAGUGUCGCUCGGAGGAGGAGGCCGAUGAGGCCAUUGCUGCAGGAGCUGAUAUUGUCAUGCUUGACAACUACGAGGGUGACGCUCUCAAGAUCGCCGCCGGAAACAUUAAGCAGCGUUGGGCUGCCCAGGGACGUCAAGUCCUGGUCGAGUGCAGCGGCGGUGUAACUGAGCAGACCAUUGAGAGCUACUUCUGUGAUGCUAUUGACAUCAUCAGCUUGGGUUCUAUGACCCAGGGUGUGUCCUUCGUCGAUUUUUCGCUCAAGGUCCAGAAGAGCGCGUAA